UUCAUCUUUAUAAUCCCAAAAUAGAAAAAUCCCAAAUCGAAAACCCUGAAGCCUAAAAAAAGAUUAAAAUUUUUCUUCUGUAACCCCUUCCCACUAUAUUUUCUUUAUAGCGAACGAGCUCACUGAGUGGAACUACUCUUAUUCAGUGAUCAACCUGAGAGAGAGAGACCACCGUAGUCUUGAGGAUGGACCUUGACGACUUUAGUGAACUGGAUGAUGAGAAUCAGACUAAAGUUCCCGCUCGGGUCCCCAAAUUCAGGCCGAAAUCCAGCCUCGACAAACCUUUGCCAAAACCUGAACCAAAACAACCGAAAAUCGAAGAAAAUUCAACAAAAUCAGCGAAUCUUUUGCCGAAGAUUGAAAAACCUUCGGCCUUGAAUGGCACUGUCAAAAUGGAGAUGAAACCAGUGGCGGCGGAGGUUGAGAUGAAACCGGCACCGGAUCUGGAGGCAAAACCGAAAAUUGAUGAGCCUGUGGAUUCAAGCAGGAAUCAAUUAGAAGAAGAAGAAGAUAUGAUUGUUCGGGAAAUCGAUGUGUAUUAUACUCCUUCAAUUGAUGCAGACACUCAGUUAUACGUUAUGCAAUAUCCAUUGAGACCGUGUUGGCGUCCGUAUGAAUUGGAUGAGAGAUGUGAAGAGGUUAGGGUUAAACAUUCGACUGCAGAGGUAGAAAUGGACUUGUCAAUUGAUGUUGAUUCGAGUAAUUGGGACAGUGACAGGGCUAGCAGGGCUAACAUAACGAAGCAGACUUUGUCUUCUUCUUGGAAGCCAUCUCUGGCAGCUGGCUAUGCUGUUGGUGUUCUCGUAGAUAAUAAGUUAGUCUUGAAUCCUAUUCAUGCAGUUGUGCAACUCCGACCAUCAAUUGAACAAUUUAAGUCUGGUGGCUCCAAAAGGAAGAACAAUGUCCCAGGCAAUGCAGAAGUUGCCAUCAAAUUAGAAGAUUCUAACGAAGCUAAACAUGUUGGUCUAUCAAAAAAACAGAAUAAGCGGAUUGAGGCUUCUGCUGAGGAAAAAAGAACACAUGAGGAUGAGUGUUGGGUUCCGCUGAAGUACCAUGGGUUGAAGAGUGAUUUCUCAGCUAGAUAUCUGCAGAGAAUGUUGGCACAAGAAAGUUCUAAUCUGCACUUCACAAUGAAUCCGUAUGAAUAUGUUAGCUCUUUAUGCCCUGGAGCAUGUGACAGUAACAUCAAAUCCAAAAGUCUUUCAAGAAGGUUUUUCCUUUCUAUGCCACUGGAGGAACGUGUUCGGAGAUUGCUUUUGGAG